AUGAAACUCAUAUGGCGCAUCGUUGGGGCACGUAUCGUCCUUCGGGCCCCAACCACACUUGUCUGUCAGUUUGGCCCAGGUAUUGCUCUCGCAGCAGAAGGCUUGUUGACUUGGUGCAAGGCAUUUGGUAUCUCCAUGCGUAGAGAUGACAUUGUCCGUGACAAGAGCCCGAUCCACGCCAGUACACGAAUUUGGCAUCUCAUUGAGAGGACACCAGAUGAACUUGGACUUGCCAGUGCCACACUUGUCGGAGAAUUUGCCAUUUAG